CGGUCGAAGAGUUUGGUGAUGGGUGAACAGAUUGGGUCUCCCUCCCGACCCUGUUCUCCUAACCCUCAAGAACGAGUGUUGAAGUGCGGCUGGCUGAAGAAGCAAAGGAGCAUUAUGAAGAACUGGCAGCAGCGGUGGUUUGUACUCCGUGGGGAACAGCUCUUCUAUUACAAAGAUGAAGAGGAGACUAAACCUCAGGGUUUGAUACUGCUGCAAGGCAAUCAGGUGAAUGAGCUGCCACCUAAUCCUGAUGAACCAGGGAAACAUCUCUUUGAAAUUGCCCCAGGUGGUGCAGGAGACCGGGAAAAGAUGCCUGUCAAUCAUGAGGCUUUCCUGCUCAUGGCUAAUUCCCAGAGUGAAAUGGAAGAUUGGGUGAAAGCCAUCCGACGGGUUAUAUGGGCUCCAUUUGGUGGAGGGAUCUUUGGACAGCGGUUGGAGGACACCGUACAGUAUGAGAGGAGGUAUGGCCAGCGCUUGGCCCCGCUGCUGGUGGAACAGUGUGUGGAUUUUAUUCGGGAGCGAGGUCUUACAGAGGAGGGGCUCUUUCGAAUGCCUGGCCAAGCCAACCUUGUCAAAGAUCUGCAGGAUUCUUUUGACUGUGGAGAGAAGCCUCUUUUUGACAGCAACACAGAUGUUCACACUGUGGCGUCCCUUCUGAAGCUUUACCUUCGAGAGCUGCCAGAGCCUGUCAUACCCUUUGCCAAAUAUGAAGACUUUCUUUCUUGCGGACAGCUACUCUCAAAAGAUGAGGGAGAGGGUACCCAGGAACUUGUUAAACAGGUGAAGAAUUUGCCCCAAGCCAACUACAAUCUCCUCAAAUACAUAUGCAAGUUCCUUGAUGAAGUUCAGGCUCACUCCAGCAUUAACAAAAUGAGUGUCCAGAACCUGGCUACGGUAUUUGGACCAAAUAUAUUACGGCCCAAAAUGGAAGAUCCAGUGACCAUGAUGGAAGGCACCUCACUAGUUCAGCACCUGAUGACGGUGCUGAUAAGUGAGCAGGGGCGAAUCUUUGCUGUUCCUCAGGCAGAAGUGCCAGAGAGCCAGCUGGAAAUCAGGCCUGUGCAUCAGCGCAGUACUGUGGAGUGGAUCUCUGAGGAAGACCGGGAGGACAGCAGGUCGGAGAACAGCAUUCCCAGCCCCACUGAUUUGCCUUCCAGCAGUGCUGGAGCACUGGAGGCCACUCCUGGGCCUACAGUGAAAAACACUCUUUCAGAGCACAGUGGCAAAUUGACUCAGCCUGCCACCAGCCCCAGUAAAAGAGUGCAGACACUGCCCCCAUGGAAGUACUCCUUCCGGCAGCAGGGAGCACGAUCUGUGAGUCCAAAGCUGGGCAGCUCGUCCUUAGAUAUCCCUAACCUCUCCUCCAGUGGGAACUGGUUGAUGAAUGGACUGUACUCCCUCCGAGGCCAUCGCCGGACAGCCUCUGGGGAACGAGUUAAAGACUCAUGUUCUUCCCAGAGACUCUCUACUUACGACAACGUCCCUUCCUCCAGCCUGUCCCUUAGCACACACAGUAUGGCCAGCACCACAUGGUCUACAUCAUCAUGUGAGAUCUCCGUGAUGGACUCAGUCAGCAGCUGCCCAGCCUGCCGGGCCAGUGACUCUUCUGCUUCAAGCUCUCUCAAAACUGAGAGGGUAACUCAGGGCUCGCUGUCUGAGAGUGAGGUCAAGACUGCGGAUCUGGAGAGCAGCAUUGAUAGGUUUGAAGCAUGCAGCAGCAGCAGUGAGAAAAGCAACCCAGCUGCAGCUUCCAGAGACUCUGUCAAAUGCUCUAGGGCCUUACAGAGCUUGGUGGUGGAGCUUAAGGCUGAACUGAGCAAACAGAGGACUGAGUAUGAGACUAGUAUCAAAAGAAUUGAAGAAACAAAUGCAGACCUGAGGAAGCAAGUAGUCAGGUUAGAGGAAGAACUGGACCAAGAACGAAAGAAAUACACUAUGCUGGAGAUAAAGCUGAGGAAUUCUGAACGUGCUCGUGAAGAUGCUGAGAAGAGAAAUCACCUCCUGCAGAAGGAAAUGGAAGAGUUUUUUUCAACAUUGGGAUGGUUAACUGUUGGGAGUCAAAGUGCUAAAGCCCCCAAGUAG